ACUUGUCGCCUUUUCGUCUUUGUUCCUUUUUGAACGAAAAGCUUACUCUUAACUGUAAUCAAAAGCAACAGAUUCAAAAAAUUUAAAUGAAUUUAUUUAUAUAUUUUCUGGAGUGUUAUUGUAAAUAUGUUAGGUUAUGAAGAAGUAUGACAUACCACAACCUACAACAUAAGCAUGAGUUUCUUUUCUAAGUUAACAAAGAUUAUUAACGAAUUUAAAAACUAGCCGGUUUAUCUGGACAUGUUUUAACUUGAUGAUCAUCGCGGGAGAUACACUUGGUUGUCCAGCUGUACUACAAGAAAAUGGAUUUAAAUGUGAAUGUUAUCAAAAUUACAGCCGAUGCUUUUGAUUGGACUAUCGAAAAGUCUGCUCAAAGUCUACAAACCUUUCUUGAUGGGAAUUAUUAUGUGGUUGCUUACCUCAUUAAUAUAAGUUAUGGUUUGCUGAAAUCCAUUGCGGAAACAGUUUCGUUUUCGGCUUAUGUUCUACGAUGCUAUUAUUUAGACUUUCUAGCUUUUUUGUCUGAGUUGAAUACUGGAGUUAGUGUUGUGUUUUCGGUAAUUUGCGGCUUUUUUUCAAGAUUAGUACUCAGUAUACAUGCAGGACUUAGUUGCAUCGGAGGUUCUAUUUCUUUACUGUAUUUAAGAACAGUGAUUGGUUUUCAGCUUAUCGUAAACUAUUUGACGUUUUGUGUGGAAGAAUUAUUUUAUUUCUUAAAUGUUUGUUUUGCUGCAGUUUUACUAAUACUUCAGUUGGGUCCCAAUUUUCUUAUAUUUUUAUGGAAUGUAUUGCUUUGUUGUGUGACAAAUAUUAUUGAUUCUUUUCAUUUUGUUGGUCAGUCUCUCAUAAACUUUAGUGCAACUAUUUGUGACAAGUGCCUCGUUUUUAUCUUGACCAUACCACCAAAAGCUUAUCUUGGACUUUUACUUAUAAUAUACAUUUUCUACAUACGUGUGAUAGUUAUAAAGUAUUUUAAAUUGAGUCUUAAAUCAUUAGCAGUUGCUACAACCAAAAUAUUAGUGUAUCUGUGGACAGCAGUUAAAUUGCUCUUCAGUUUGUUACAAGCUAUUACCAAUAAAGUUUUUAAAAGAAGAGCUAGUCUAAGAAGAUCAGAAGGGACAUUACAUUUAUUCUGCAAGAGUGUUUUUAACAGAUAUUUUUCAUCUUUUGUGCCAUUUUUGACUCUUUCAGUUUUUCAAAAGAAACAAAAGCAGGUUUUAGAUUCAACUGAAAAGGAGAAGUUUAUGUGUGUUGUUUGUCAAGAUAAAGAAAAGAAUGUACUCUUAAUUCCUUGUAGACACCUGUGUAUGUGUGAAGAGUGCACUGUCACAGUCCUCCAAUCCCAUUUUGGGUGCCCCCUGUGUCGAAAACAGAUUAUAGACACUGUGCGUGUCUAUACGUGACUCGUUUUGUUUUUCUGAAUUUUUAUAUGAUGAUUUUUAUCUAUUUUUUAUUAUUAAAUAUUUUAAACUGUGGUGUUUUCACGCGGCCCCCAAAGCUUGGAUUUCUCAUAGAACGAAGAAUGGUUCGUGAAAUUUGGUCUGGUGGACAGACUGGUGUUGAUCAAGCUGCAUUGUUUGUGGGUACAGAAAUGGGUAUACCUGUUGGAGGGUGGUGCCCCCUAGGCGGUUUAGACGAAAAUAACAAAUCUAUUCUGGAAAAGUACCCAUUAAAAGAAGUUACUGGAUUUUCCUUUGAAGAUAGUGUUGCCGAAAGGACAAGGCGCAAUAUCGAAGAUAGUGAUGGAACAUUGAUUAUUUUACCUUCCCUUCCUAUGCCAAAACACAUCACUGAUGGUACACUGCUCACAAUCGAUCAUGCCAAAGAGAAAAGAAAACCUUUUCUUUUGGUUGCUGUCACUGAAAGUAGUUCUGUAAUUACAAUUCGUAGUUGGAUUAGACAUCAUCAAAUUAAAAUACUCAAUGUUGCUGGCCCUAGAGAGUCCAGAAGUCCAGGAAUUUAUGAUCAAUCGUGUAAAUUGCUGCAGAAGUUAUUUUCUUUGGAAUGAUUCCUGCUCAAUAUGAAUCAAUAUCUGAUUAAUUUUAUUUUGUUUUCCUUUGAUAAUUCGUAGUUUAUAGUCAACAAAGUUUAAUGUUUCAUAUAUUUGUAUUGUUAAAUUUAAUUUUAUAUUACUACAAUAAUAAAAAGAAAGUUUUA